AUCACAGAAAGUUCGCGGGUAACCCUUGACACUUAAAAACAUGGCUGCCACGAAAAAAGUUCUUGCUGUUGCUGUCGCUGCCUUUGCAGCUUUCAUUGGAUACAAAUUCCUUAAACUGAAGGAAAUUCUGCUUGCUUCCAGAGAGGUUCCUGUGAAACACCUCAGCUGUCAUUAUUUGCAGAAUAUUGAAUAUGGAGCAGAGGAUAUCACAGUACUUAAAGAUGGACUGGCCUUCCUAAGCACAGGGCUGAAGUUUCCUGGAUUACCUUCAUUCUCUGAUGAACCAGGGAAAAUGUAUGUUUUGGACCUGCUGCACCCAAAGCCGACUCCAGUGGAGCUGCAAAUCAAAGGAGGACUGGACCUCAGUUCUUUCAACCCACAUGGCAUUAGUGCAUACACCGAUGAAGCAGAUGACUCUGUGUACCUGUUUGUUGUCAAUCACCCUCAGCACAGCAGCCAAGUAGAGAUCUUUCGUUAUGUUGAGAAAGACACACUCAUACAUCUGAAAACUAUAAAACACCCUUUACUCUACAGUGUGAAUGACAUCGUUGCAGUCGGAGAGGAGAGCUUCUACGCCACAAAUGAUCGCUACUUUCACAAUGACGCACUUCAGUUUCUUGUUGUCAUUAUGGACCUGGCCUUGUGUGACGUGGUAUUCUACAGUCCACAUGAAGUGAGGGUGGUAGCCAGUGGUAUGCGUGCCCCAAAUGGGAUCAACAUAUCUCCUGACAAAAGGUAUAUAUAUGUUUCAGACAUUAUAGACCAUGAGAUAGAUGUUUAUGAGAGGCAAGAAGGGGAACGGUUGGUGUACAAUAAGUCUGUAGCUGUUGGAUCACUUUGUGACAACAUCGAGGUGGACCACAAGACAGGCGACGUGUGGCUCGGCUGUCACCCAAAUGCCAUGAAGUUGACAAACUAUGAUCCUGAAGAUCCACCUGGCUCUGAGGUGCUCCGGAUCAAGAACAUCCACUCACAGCAGCCAGCAGUGACCCUGGAGUACGCUGAUAACGGCCGUGUGCUCAUGGCCUCCACUGUAGCAGCUCCUUAUGAGGGAAAGUUACUUAUUGGCUCUGUUUUCCACAAAGCCUUGUACUGUCUUUUGAAGUAGUACCUAUGACCACUGUUGAUUCAUGAUAGGAAUGUUGUGACAGUCUGCAUGGGUGCAAGAUUAAAACAUUACAUGUUCUUUGCCAUUUGAAACAGAGAUU